GUAACCUGUGGUUUCCGGCUUCAGCAGACAGCGGCGCUACAUUGUAAACACGAAGCGUCCAUUUUCAAACCCGUCCGGAGAAACCUCGCACAUCACCGCUGAACAUGGGGGCCGUGCUCGGGCUUUGUUCCAUGGCCAGUUGGAUUCCUUGCCUUUGUGGCAGUGCUCCCUGCCUGCUGUGCAGAUGCUGCCCAAGUGGAAACAACUCCACAGUCACUCGGCUGAUCUAUGCCUUCUUUAUGCUGCUGGGUGUGGGCAUCGCCUGCAUCAUGCUCAUGCCAGGCAUGGAGGGCCAUCUGAAGAAGAUUCCAGGCUUUUGUGAAGGAGGAACGGGGUCGUCCAUCCCGGGAGUCCAAGGUCAUGUGAACUGCGAUGUGCUGGUGGGCUAUAAGGCUGUGUAUCGUGUGUGCUUUGGAAUGGCUAUGUUCUUUCUGCUCUUCUCGCUCAUCAUGGUAAAGGUCAAGAGCAGCCAGGACCCAAGAGCUGCUGUGCAUAACGGGUUUUGGUUUUUCAAGUUUGCGGCUGCCACUGCUAUUACAGUUGGAGCUUUCUUCAUUCCUGAAGGCCCUUUUACUACUGUCUGGUUUUACAUUGGCAUGGCUGGAGCGUUCUGUUUCAUCCUCAUCCAGCUGGUGCUCUUGAUCGACUUUGCUCAUUCUUGGAACGAGUCCUGGGUGGAGAAAAUGGAGGAUGGAAACUCUCGCUGCUGGUAUGCAGCUCUUCUAUCUGCCACAGCCAUCAACUACGCUCUGUCGCUGGUGUCUCUGGUCUUGUUCUAUGUGUAUUACACUCACUCUGAUGGCUGCACUGAGAACAAAGUCUUCAUCAGCAUCAACAUGCUGAUGUGCGUUGGUGUAUCUGUCAUGUCCAUCUUGCCUAAAAUCCAGGAGUCCCAGCCCAGAUCUGGUCUCUUGCAGUCCUCCAUUGUUACUCUGUACACUAUGUAUCUGACUUGGUCUGCCAUGACCAAUGAGCCUGAGCGCAGAUGCAACCCUAGCUUGCUUGGCAUUAUUGGCCUCAACAGCACCACCCCUGCUGGUCAGGACCGUGUUGUUCAGUGGUGGGAUGCCCAGGGCAUUGUGGGCUUGAUCUUGUUCCUGAUGUGUGUGCUGUACUCCAGCAUCCGAAACUCAAGCAAGACCCAAGUCAACAAACUGACCCUCACCAGUGACGAGUCUGCUUUGAUUGAGGAUGGUCCCGUUCCAGAGAACUUUGAAGUGGGUGAUGAUGGCUCCAACCGUGCCGUUGACAAUGAGAAGGAUGGAGUCACCUACAGCUACUCUUUCUUCCACUUCAUGCUUUUCUUGGCUUCCUUGUAUAUCAUGAUGACACUGACAAACUGGUACAGCCCUGACUCCAGCUAUGAGACUAUGACCAGCAAGUGGCCCUCUGUGUGGGUGAAGAUCACCUCCAGCUGGAUCUGCAUCUCGCUGUAUGUGUGGACCCUGGUGGCUCCUCUGGUCCUCAUCAACCGUGACUUCGACUGAGAGGACGGACUAUCCACAUGUACAGGGAUAGGAGGGUCUAAAUGUAAAUAAUUGCGAGUGUUUUGUUUCGUUCAACUGACCCUACAUGGUUUUAUUAUUUACCUUGCAUGCUUUUAUGUAGUGUUCAUAUAUGAGCUGAAAUAAAUUAAGAACAUGGCUUGGGUUUCCUGUGAUGUGAAGUUAAUAUUUCCUUUAAGAAUUUGUUCUUCAAAAUUAAGGAUAAUAUAACCUUGAUCAAUAACCUCUGUAUGGUUUAAGAAAUAAAUAGAAUGUAUUGAAAGUUAUUUGUAGAGAGUAGUGAAAAUGCAGGACAUGUUUUCCCAUAAAUUGUGACAUCCAUAGUUUUCUAUAGAACGCACAUAUACAGCAGUGAAUUAGCAUGUGAAAAUUGUAGAUUUUGUCAUGCUUUUCGAUGAUUUUGCACCAUGAACAUGACUGUAAUUUUGACUUAGUGUUAACCCUUUUGCAACUUGCACAUGUUAGUUGUUUGCACACUUUUAAUUUUAUGCUUGUAGCCAAUGUGUGUGUUGAACAAUGUUUUGCACUGAAUAUAUUAUUCUUUGCUGAUAAAACCUGAAUAGAUGAUUUUUUUUUUUUUUUGCUUUAACAUUUAUCGUAGCCUAUUAUAAGCACUCUGGUGGAUUUCAUGAUGGCAGUUCUCUUCUUUUUUUAUAUAUAUAAUGUCAGUGUUAUUUAUUGCCCUUUGACAAGUGCAUUGUAAUAACCAAAUAUGUCAUCUUAUUAAAGGUUUAAAAUCCCA